AUGGCAAUCCUCGACCUGCCCUUCAAUGCGACCAGCACGCCCCUCAUGGUGACCGACCACCACUACUACCCCCUUGAAGUCGAGAUCGCCAAUUACCUCGCAAACGAGUGGUCCGUCCCUGUGCUCCUCGGAAUCUUCGCCGCCGUGUGCGCCUCCAUUGUAAUCGGCACCGUCGUGAUCCUCGAUAAGACGCACCCCAAUCUGCCAAAGGGGGAGAAGGCAGCCAUCUGGUGGUUUGUGAUCUCUGGAGCAAUCCACCUCUUCUUCGAGGGCUACUUCUCCCUGAACCACACGCGGAUGGGCCCAGCCCAGGAUCUGUUUGGGCAGCUGUGGAAAGAAUACGCCUUCUCCGACUCUCGGUACCUGACCUCUGACCCGUUCGUGCUCUGCAUGGAGACGGUUACUGCUUUCACAUGGGGCCCUAUCUGUUUUGUCGUAGCCUUCUUCAUCACAAACUCGCACCCGCUCCGCCACCCCCUCCAAAUCAUCGUCUGCGUGGGCCAGAUCUACGGCCUGAUUCUCUACUACGCAACCAGCAUGUUCGAUCACUACUACGCGCAGAUCACGUACUCGAGACCCGAGUUUCUGUACUUCUGGGGCUACUACUUCUUCAUGAACUUCAUUUGGAUGGUUUUCCCGGGGAUUCUGCUUGUGAGCAGUGUCCGAACCAUCGCACGAACUUUCCAGGCUCUUGACAAGCUCACAGCUGCAAAGAGCAAUGGAAAGGCCAACGGCCACGCCAACGGGCAUGCGAAGAAGACGAUUUGA